GCCCGCGCCGUCAUGCCUUGGCUGAGCGGAGGUCGGCGGCGACGGCGGGGACAGCCGCGGGAGGCCCCGCGGGAGCCGCCGCCGUCCGCGCAGCCCCAGCGGGAACCGCCGCCGGCGGCGCCCCCUGCCGCGGUCCCCACGCCCCCCGCCCCCUCCGCGCCCCCGCCGCGGGUCCGGGAGAGCGCCCAGCUGCCGCUGCCCGCUGGCUGGGAGGAGGCGCGAGACUACGACGGCCGAGUCUUCUAUAUUGACCACAACACGCGCCAGACGUCGUGGAUCGACCCCCGCGACCGGAUAACAAAGCCAUUGACCUUUGCCGAUUGUGUUGGGGAUGAACUGCCUUUAGGAUGGGAAACUGUGUAUGAUAAACAAAUUGGAGUUUACUACAUGGACCACAUAAAUAAGCUUACCCAGAUUGAAGAUCCAAGAGAACAGUGGAGGCGAGAGCAAGAGCGCAUGUUGAAGGAAUAUUUAAUUGUAGCCCAGGAGGCUCUCAAUGCCAAGAAAGAAAUCUACCAGAUCAAGCAGCAACGGUUUGAGCUGGCCCAGGAGGAGUACCAGCAGCUGCACAAAAUGUGUGAGGAUGACAGCCGCUCCUAUGCCAGCUCAUUCUCUGGAUAUUCAACAAAUACAAAGUAUGACCCACACCAAAUUAAAGCAGAAAUAGCAAGUCGUCGGGAUAGGCUUUCCAGAUUAAAACGAGAGCUGACCCAGAUGAAGCAGGAGCUGCAGUACAAAGAAAAGGGGGUGGAGACCCUGCAAGAGAUUGAUCGGAAGAUGUCAAGUACUCACACCAGCUACAAACUGGAUGAGGCUCAGGCUAUCAUGAGUGAGCUCCGGACCAUCAAGAAGGCUAUUUGCACAGGCGAGAAGGAGAGGCGGGACCUGAUGCAUAGCCUGGCCAAGCUGACUGAUAGCUUCAAGAACAGCUGCUGUGUCACCGACUCUCUAGCGGACUUCCCUCACCACGCAGGCGUGCCUGGCGAUGCUGGUGUACCCCAGCAGUUCUGCGAUGCCGGCUCCCAGACCGAUAUCAUCGGGGAGUUUGUCUUUGAUGAUAAAACAAGACUUGUAGACCGAGUCAGACUUAAUUGGCAGUAUGAAGAAGCCAGAAAGAGAGUCUCCAACAUCCAGCAGCAGCUGGCCCGGCUUGACAAUGAAUCGUGGCCAGGCACGGCCGAGGCUGACAGGGACCGGCUGCAGCUUGUCAAGGAGAAGGAGGCCCUGCUGCAGGAGCUUCAGCUCAUCAUCGCACAGCGGCACUCUGAGGGAGACGUGGCCCGGCUGGAGGAGGAGCGGGAGCGCCUGGAAGAGGAGCUGCGGCACGCACGGGCCACCUCCGCACAGGGCGCCACGGAGAGGAUUCUGCUUCAGGAAAAAAGAAAUUGUCUACUCAUGCAGCUGGAAGAAGCCACCCGCCUGACAUCCUAUCUGCAGUCCCAGUUAAAAAGCCUGUGUGCCAGCACCCUGACGGUGUCCUCGGGGAGCAGCCGCGGGUCCCUGGCCUCCAGCCGCGGGUCUCUGGCCUCCAGCCGGGGCUCCCUGAGCUCAAUCAGCUUCACUGACAUCUACGGCCUCCCACAGUACGAGAAGCCCGACACUGAGGGCAGCCAACUUCUACGCUUCGACCUCAUUCCCUUUGACUCGCUGGGGCGAGAUGCCCCUUUUUCAGAGCCCCCAGGCCCCUCGGGCUUCCACAAGCAGAGGCGGUCCCUGGACACGCCCCAGUCCCUGGCGUCGCUGUCUUCCCGCUCCUCCCUGUCCUCACUGUCACCCCCAAGCUCGCCCCUGGACACACCCUUCCUCCCUGCCUCACGGGACUCGCCACUGGCGCAGCUGGUGGACAGCUGUGAGGGGCCAGGCCUGGGUGCCCUGGACAGACUGCGGGCACAUGCCUCAGCUUUGGGGGACGAAGACUUGCCGGGCAUGGCGGCCCUUCAGCCACAUGGGGUCGCUGGAGACGGGGAAGGGCCACAGGAGCGAGGACCCCCACCAGCCAGUGCUCCUGUGGGCGGAACAGUGACUCUUCGAGAAGACAGUGCCAAGAGGCUGGAGAGGAGGGCACGCCGCAUCUCCGCGUGCCUGUCAGAUUAUUCGCUAGCCAGCGACAGUGGGGUGUUUGAACCUCUAACAAAAAGGAACGAAGAUGCUGAGGAGCCUGCCUACGCAGACACGGCCAGUAAUGGAGACCCCCAGAUCCACGUGGGACUCCUGUGCGACAGCAGCAGCGAGUGUCUCCUGGUGCACGUGCUGCAGCUGAAGAAUCCUGCGGGGCUGGCGGUGAAGGAAGACUGCAAAGUCCACAUCCGCGUCUACUUGCCCCCACUGGACUCAGGCACGCCCAGCACUUACUGCUCCAAGGCUAUGGAAUUCCAGGUGCCGCUGGUGUUUAAUGAAGUGUUCAGGAUCCCCGUGCAUUCCAGCACAUUGACAUUGAAGUCGCUUCAGCUAUACGUGUGUUCAGUGACCCAGCAGCUGCAGGAAGAACUGCUGGGCAUUGCUCAGAUUAACCUGGCUGACUAUGACAGUUUGACUGAGAUGCAGCUGCGCUGGCACUCCGUCCAGGUGUUCACCAGCUCCGAGCCACCGAGGACCCAGGAGCCUGGAUGUGUGGGAGAGAGCUCCGCCCGGGAGCCCGCACGCAUCGUCUCCAUCUCCGGCAAGACGGACGCAGUGACGGUGCUGCUGGCCAGAACCACGGCACAGCUGCAGGCGGUGGAGAGGGAGCUGGCAGAGGAACGGGCCAAGCUGGAGUACACGGAGGAGGAGGUCCUGGAGAUGGAGCGCAAGGAGGAGCAAACCGAGGCCGUGUCUGAGCGGAGUUGGCAAGCGGACUCAGUGGAUAGCGGCUGUAGCAACUGCACCCAGACCAGCCCUCCGUACCCAGAGCCCUGUUGUGUGGGUAUUGACUCCAUCUUGGGCCACACGUUUGCUGCUCAGGCAGGGCCUUAUAGCCCUGAGAAAUUUCAGCCCUCACCUCUUAAGGUUGAUAAGGAAACCAACACAGAAGAUCUGUUUCCGGAAGAAGCAGCCAGACUCCUGAAGGAGCGGCCCAGCCGCCGGGCCCGAGGGUCACCUUUUGUUCGGAGUGGCACAAUUGUCCGUUCCCAGACCUUCUCGCCUGGAGCACGAAGCCAGUAUGUUUGCAGACUUUAUCGUAGUGACAGUGACAGCUCAACGCUGCCCCGGAAAUCCCCCUUUGUCCGAAAUACUUUGGAAAGACGAACCCUUCGCUAUAAGCAGUCCUGCAGGUCUUCCCUGGCCGAGCUCAUGGCCCGCACCUCCCUGGACUUGGAGCUGGAUCUCCAGGCGUCGAGAACACGGCAGAGGCAGUUGAAUGAGGAGCUCUGCGCCCUCCGUGAGCUGCGGCAGCGGUUGGAGGAUGCCCAGCUCCGCGGGCAGACUGACCUCCCACCCUGGGUGCUUCGGGAUGAGCGUCUCCGAGGCCUGCUGCGGGAGGCCGAGCGGCAGACAAGACAGACCAAACUCGACUACCGACAUGAGCAGGCAGCUGAGAAGAUGCUGAAGAAGGCCUCCAAGGAGGUCUACCAGCUGCGCGGCCAGAGCCACAGAGAGCCCAUCCAAGUGCAGACCUUUAGGGAGAAGAUAGCAUUCUUCACCAGGCCAAGGAUCAACAUACCUCCUCUCCCAGCCGACGACGUCUGAUCGAGUGCAUUGUGCACAUGAAGUAUUUAUCUGCCUGUUUUAUUUUCAUGAAGUUCUUAGACUAGCUGAAUUUGUCUUUAAAAUAUUUGUGCAAAGCUAUUAAUAUACACAUU